AUGAAAGGAGCCGCCUUCCUCGCCUUCCCCGCCUCCACACUGGCAGGAUCCGUACUGUGGAGCGGAAUCUUCAACUCGUCCUAUACUGUCGCUGACUUCGAUGAAUGGUCAUGGAGCAACCAAAUCGCCCCCUGGCAAUGGUACAUCCACGGCGACGGUGAAACCUCUGAAUACCUAGCCCUAUCCAGCGACUACAAGAACCCAGCAGCGAGCGAUGCCCAGGGUCUGCGUACCAGACUUGACAGCACCUCCUUCUGGGAAGGCCAAAGCAUGCAACGCACCGAGCUGAUCCCCCAAAUGUCCCCCUCGUCCUCCGCCUCCGACCUGGGAUCCGGCCACCUAUACUACCACUUCUCCCUGAGCGCCAGCAGCACAAACCCCCCGUCCUCCUCAAGCGAGCACCAAAUCGCCUUCUUCGAGAGCCAUUUCACAGAGCUGCAGUACCAGGACAACACGCUGAAGUGGAAUGCCGGAGGAGAUACGCAUUACUCUGUGGAGCUGGAGACGGGCAAAUGGUACAACUUUGCGUAUGAUAUUGAUUUCGAUAACCAGAAGGUUGGACUUUGGGCGUCGAAUGGAUCGGAUGCCUUGACGGAGGUGGUUAGUCCUGUUAGUGCGAGUGCGAGCUCCAAUGGGGCGGAUUUCCAUGUUGGUGUGUUGAGUUUGACUGGCGAUGGGACCGAGGAUUGGUUCUGGAGUGGGGUUUAUAUUGAGAAGGGCGAUUUGACGAAGAGUAUUGGGGAUGGUAGCAGUGCUAUGAGAGCAACUACCACUGCUGCCGCUGCUACCCCGACUCAGAAUGUGGCUGUUGCUUCGUCUUCUACUACUUCUGCUUCGACGACCUCGGCUGCGACUACCUCCAGCUCCGAGUCUACUGCCGCGGCUAACCCCUCUGCUUCUGCCCCUGUCAUCGCUACGCCCUCUGCUGCUCCCUCUGCUGCUGCUGCCUCUGGAUCUGCCGCUCUUCCCGUCCCGACGACCGCCUCUGAGAUCCUCACUGAUGUGCGCGCGCUGUUGACUGCCCUUCUGACUCGUCAGGGAGUGCAUGCUCGUGACUUUACUGUCUAG